AUGACCGAUUGCAAUCCUACAGCCACACCUUUCCUAUCCAGGGUGAAGCUUGAAGAUGGCAAGGACACACCCUUGGUUGAUUGUAUACACUACCAUCAGCUUAUGGGAAAUCUUCUUUAUCUCACUCACUCUCAUCCAGAUCUAUCAUACGUAGUGGGGCUUGCCUCUGAAUACAUGCAAGAGCCGCAUGAGCUACAUUGGAAAGUUGUGAAGCGUAUCCUUAGAUAUGUUCAAGGAACCAUCAGCUAUGGGAUUCAUUAUUCAGUAGGAUGUACUUUGGAUCUCAUUGUCUACACUGAUUCCGAUUGGGCUUGUGAUAACAUUGAUCACAAUUCCACUUCAGGAUAUAUUCUAAGUUUGGGAUUUGGCCCCAUUUGUUGGUCAAGUAAGAAGCAAUCUACCAUUGCCUUAUCAUCUGCAAAGGCCGAAUAUAGAGGUGCAGUCAAUGUUACCAUUCAAGCUAUUUGGUUGCAGAACUUCCUCACUGAGCUUGGUAUACAUUUACAUCGUUCGACUGUCAUUUGGUGUGACAAUAAAAGUACACAGAAGUUUUGCAGAGAUCCUAUACAAUGA